AUGCCAUCAUUAUUAGAACAGUUACCAAAUGAAAUCGUACUCGAUAUACUUCAAUAUUUGGAGCCACUCGACCUGUUUGAAUCAUUUAAUCAUUUAAACUGGCGUUUCAAUCACUUACUUUCUGUUUUAAUGUUAUCAGUUAAAAUCAACGAUACAUUAUCAAAACAUUUAUUCGAUAAUUAUUGUAUAACUGUUAUUCCAAAAUGUUUAAUACAAAUUGUUUCAUUAAAAAUCUCCGAUAGAUAUGGUCGUCUCACACAAUUUCAUAAAUUAUUUCAAUUGGAUAUGUUUAUGAAUAUUCGUUCACUUAUUCUUCAAGAUCCAACGCACGAUAAUUUAAAACUAAUUAUGAAAAAAUUAUCAAAACUAAUUCAUAUUGAACAAUUAGAAAUAGCCUCAUUUGGUCCUGAUAAACUCGAUUUAAAUUCUUGCUCAAAAACAAUGACGGAAGCAAUUUUUCAGAAGAAAACGACACUCAAACGUGUAACAUUAUCAUUUUACUCUUCAAUUAUACUUGAUCAGACUACAAUUCAAACAUGCAAUAUUGAAUAUUUGAAUAUGUAUGCAUGUUAUAUCGAUGAAUUUGUAACAUUAUUAAAACAUUUACCGAAAAUAAAACGUCUCGAUAUUCAUAUAUAUAAUAGUCGAAAUUCGGAUGAUACAACCGAUUAUGAAAUAUAUCAGAAUAUUGGAAAAUAUGUGCCAAAUUUAACCUAUGUAGAAAUUCAUGUGUCACAUAUAGAAUUUGAUAAAACAGAACAGCUAUUAAAGAAUAUUCCACAGUUAAAAAUAUUGGCAUUUUCAGGCGAGGAUCCGCUAUAUCUAUAUUGUUAUUUGUUUACAGCUAGCUUAGUUGAAUACGCAAAUGGUAUUCGAUGGGAGAAGUUGAUCAAUGAAUCAUUACCAUUGUUAGAACGGUUUAGUUUAUGUAUAGAAGAUGGCAUAUUUACAGAUAUUAUUAAUAUUGAUAGUAUAAUACAAUCAUUUUCCACGCCAUUUUGGAUAUUAGAACGAGAAUGGUACAUCGUUGUCGAUUAUAUACACAAAUCUGAAUCAAAUGAAUUCCUACUGUACACCGUACCACGAUCAAAAGGUAGUAGUUUGACAAUACAACUAUAUAAAAUGCAAACAGCAACAACAGCACCUUCAACAUUAGAGAAUAUGUAUACAAAAACGGAUAGAUUAACUGUAAAGUUGAAUAAUGUGCAUGUGCCGUUAAUUGUAAAACAAUUUUCAGAUGUUAAGGCACUGACAUUAUAUAGCGAUUUAACAUCUGUAGAUAAUACAACAACACCAAUCUUUGAUGAUUUGUCAAAACUUGUUUUACUUGUAAAUUUGGAAUCUUUGCACCUUUAUGACAAGUAUUAUCCAUCAAACUUAUUGAAAGUUAUAUUAGUAACAGCUUCCAAUAUUAUCAAUUUAUCAGCACCUUACAACGUUCUAUUAGAAAUAACUGAUAGUGAAACCUUCUCGAAUUUAACAAGUUUAACGGUUACAAUGAAUGAUGACGAUGAUCAUUUCAAUGUAAAAGUAUUGAAGCAGUCGUCAUUUAUACUUGAUAAUUUAAGAUAUUUUUAUGUUGAGCUAAAAAAAGUGGAUGAUCUAUACUUGGUAUUAUCAUUAGUAUUACGGAAAGUGAAAACAUUGCAUGGAUUUGUUGUGUCGGUGGCUAACGGGACGUUCAGUGAAUAUUUUCAACUGUGGUUAAACGAUUAUUUAAGUUUGAAUGGUUUAUUAUCGAUAACCGGUAUUGAAUAUAACCAUGCUUGCAAUAAUUUAGCUCUAUCAUAUUAA